GAUGAAGUCCCUAAUCCUGGAUUACAUAAUACAAAGGGUCUGGAUGGGUUACAGGCAAAAGUGACGCCUGGAACGUUUGUGGGGUAAUUACCAAGGCAGCAAGGCGGCAAUGUGAUAUCAUCGCCAGACAAGAGAAUGAACUGUAUGAAUCGGCCUCACUUCAGGAAUAUAUAUUUCCACUCCAUCAAUCCAAGGACUUUAGAUUCCAGAAUCAGUACAAUGCCUUCCCACGAGCGACAACCACAUGGGCACCGACACCAAACCCAUGUCACCCGCUCCCGUUCCCGCAGUCCCCGUCCCCGACACGUCGACUCGCACCGCGGAUCCAAGCGACGUCGACGGUCCUCCAGCCCUUCUCGACACGCCGACAACCUACCAUACAAUGCCCGUCCGCUAGAGAAGUCCGAUCUGUCCGCCUACCGCGGACUUCUCGGGCUAUACCUUGAUAUCCAGAAGGGCAUGGCCAUCGAGGAGCUCGAUGAGAAGGAGGUGAAGGGGAGGUGGAAGUCGUUUCUUGGAAAAUGGUAGGUUUAGUUAGCUAAAUGGAGGGUUUAUGAUAGGUGUGGAAGCA